AUGCUCUUCCAGAACUUUACCCGUUUGGCGACUCGUGUUGCCGUCCGUGCACCAAAGCUGGUUCGCUUUGCUGGCUUCGAACGUACCAAACCUCACUUGAACAUUGGUACCAUUGGCCACGUCGAUCACGGUAAGACCACCCUUACUGCCGCCAUCACCAAGUGCCUUGCUGAGAAGGGAGGUGCCUCGUUCUUGGACUACAGUGCCAUCGACAAGGCGCCAGAGGAGAGAGCAAGAGGUAUCACCAUCUCCACUGCGCACGUUGAGUAUGAAACUGCCAACAGACACUACUCGCACGUUGACUGUCCAGGUCACGCUGAUUACAUCAAGAACAUGAUUACCGGUGCUGCGCAGAUGGACGGUGCUAUCAUUGUCGUUGCAGCCACUGACGGUCAGAUGCCACAGACCAGAGAACACUUGUUGCUUGCCAGACAAGUUGGUGUCCAGCACAUUGUUGUCUUCGUCAACAAGGUUGACACCAUCGACGACCCUGAGAUGCUUGAGCUUGUUGAGAUGGAGAUGAGAGAGUUGCUUACUUCGUAUGGAUUUGACGGUGAUAACACCCCAGUUAUCAUGGGUUCUGCUUUGUGUGCUUUGGAAGGCCGUGAGCCAGAGAUUGGUGCUAAGGCCAUUGACAAGUUGAUGGAGGCCAUUGAUGAGUACAUCCCAACUCCUCAAAGAGACCUGGAAAAGCCAUUCUUGAUGGGUGUUGAAGACGUGUUCUCGAUCUCUGGUAGAGGUACCGUUGUCACGGGCCGUGUUGAGCGUGGUAACUUGAAGAAAGGUGAUGAAAUUGAACUUGUUGGCUACAACAAGAACCCAAUCAAGACCACCGUCACCGGUAUCGAGAUGUUCAAGAAGGAGUUGGAAUCUGCCAUGGCUGGUGACAACUGUGGUAUCUUGUUGCGUGGUAUCAAGAGAGAUGACGUCAAGAGAGGUAUGGUUGCUGCUAAGCCAGGCUCCGUCUCUGCACACACCAAGUUCCUCGCUUCCUUGUACAUCUUGACGAAGGAGGAAGGUGGUCGUCACAGUGCCUUUGCUGAGAACUACAGACCACAGAUGUUCAUCAGAACCGGAGAUGUCACCACCAUCUUGACAUGGCCAGAAGAGCACGCUGACCACUCUCAGCAGAUCCUCCCAGGUGACAACGUUGAGAUGGUGUGUACCUUGGUUCAUCCAACUGCUGUUGAGGUUGGUCAGAGAUUCAACAUCAGAGAAGGUGGCAGAACCGUCGGUACCGGUUUGGUGACCAGAAUCAUUGAGUAA